CUAAACCCAAAAAAGCCGAAAAAGCUGCGUAUAGUGUUGGAUUGUACGGCCAAACAUAAGGAGCAAUCGUUGCUUGACAUGCUCUAUCAAGGUCCAGACACCACUGCAAAUUUAGUGGGUAUACUUCCGCGAUUCCGUAAGGAAAGUGUAGAUGUUACAGCAGACAUAGAAGAGAUGUUUAUGCAAGUGAAGGUACCAAAACAUGGUAAAGGCGCCCUGAGGUUUCUCUGGUGGCCACAGGGUGACCCACUCAAGGAUCCCGAGGAAUAUCAAAUUACAGUUCAGCCGUUUGGUGCAACUUCUUCACCGAUUUGUGCUAAGUUUGCUUUGAACAGGGCUGCAAGAGAAUUCGGUACGGGUUAUGAGCGUGCGGUGCUAAAAGCCAUAGAAGAAAACUUCUACGUUGACGACUGUCUCGCAUCGUUCCCGACACGUGAUGAAGCCUUACGUUUUGCGAAGAAAAUAACCGAACUAUUGGAAAAAGGCGACAUCGUAUUGCUAGCAUCUGAAACUCCAACACAUGGCAAAUGGCCCAUGGGCACCAUCGAUGCUGUGGAGACAGACGGAGAUGGACUCAUGCAAACGGUUGCGGUGCAUACAGAUGGCGGCAAGAUAAGAAGGGAUGUACGUCGUUUGUGUCUAUUAGAAGGAGCCGACUAG